GCUGAGGGGGCAGCGGCGGCCAGGAGAGGUCUGCCGCGCCCUGGGGUCACUCCCUGGCUGGGGAUCGAACUCGCAGUGGUUGUGCAUAACUUCAUGGGCAGUGGCUGUGUACUUCAACCCCUUGCGCCCACAGGGAGGACCGACAGCCUCCUUUUCUCACCCCCAAAGGGCUGGUUCUCCGUGUUAGGGGCAGAAGUCAGCAUGGUAGAGUCACCCUGGGAGAUUAUGUGCUCAAAUGGCCCAAGCUCUGCUGCCCAGCUGCUCCUCUCCCUUCAGAUUCAACCACGCCCUGGAUCAGUGCCUGGACGUGAAAGUGUUUCCUGGUGGUAACUGUUCUUCCUUCCCCCAUGACCUUGCUGGCCUCCGCCUAAAUGUCCACCCCACCCAUCCACCCCAGCGGGCACUGGGAGGUGACAGGGCUAAUUAGGGCCAGUCAGAUUUCUAGGGAAUGGCAAGACACACACCCACUCUUUUCUUGAGCUACGGGCAGACAUCACUAAUACUCUGAAGAGGAUUCAGAGACAGAGGCAGCUCGUGGGCUCUGAGGGGAAAAUGCCAUACGGACUAGAGUCCAGUAAAGAAUGUAAGCUGGGCACCCAGCCAGGUGGAUUAAAUACUUAGAACUCUGGCCCCUGCCUGCCUGAUAACUCCUUGGUGCAAUCAAAUUUGCCAGGGCCACUGGCUUAAUAAGAUGAUAAUGCAUCUGGGCACAUGGAAACCCCCCCCCCCCAUAAAUGCACACAAGAGGCUGGCUCUGACCCAAACUUGCCAUGUGACCUUGAGUCAGUCACUUCCCCCUGUGGGUCUUUGUUGAAAGAUUCAGGAUUCUCUAACUCUCUUGCAAAGGCCUUCAUUUUUCAUUCAAUAAAGCUUUCUGGCUGUGGGCAGACUGACGAGGGACCCGCAUUUCCUAUCUUACAUAAAACACACAAGAACAAGCUGUCUAGAAGUUCCUGUUUCAUCUCUCUACAAGGAAUAAGAACUUACACUGAAUGGCUUCUAUUGUUUCCUCGAUCUUUUACAGUUGUCUGACUGUUACCUGAUCCGAAGCCAUGUUGUAUGAAAGUUCCUUUAUCGAAUCUUUCUAAAGAAUUCAAUGCCGGUUUUCUAAUGACAGAUCUCUUGUUCAUCCACGUGGGGUCCGUUUAUACAGUUAGUGCAAAGUAGGUAUAAAUGUGGGAACAAAUGGAAUCGUUGAUAGACAUACAUUUGAACUGGAGAGCAAGUGAGUAUCCCAUAGACAGUCCAGCCCUUCAGGGUUCAGUUCUGCCUAAGUCACCUUGCACAGACGGAGUGGGAGAUGCCCCAGCUCCUUCAAUGAGUUGGUUAGCUGGCUAGCAGGAGGGUGGUUAAAAGACACAGCUGAUGGGCAUGUAGACACAACUUCAUCCACCAACAGAACACACUUCUUCUCAAGUUCCCAUGUCAUAGUCAAGAUAGAUCACAUUGGGCCAGAUAACAGACCUCAACAAAUUCCAAAGACUCAAUAGUGUCCCAAUGUAUGCUCCAUCGCAAUGGAAUUAAAUAAGGAAUCAGUACGCGGAAGAUGUCAGGAGAAUAAAUAACACACUUCUAACUAACCCAAGGAAAUCUCAAGAGAAAUUUUUAAAUAUCUUACAAGAAAGGAUAAAUCAACCUAUUUUAAUAGGAAGCCAUGCCAGUGACACCUGCCUGGGUGGGAGUUUCUAGCAAUAUGUGAGAGAAGAAGAAUGAUCUAAUCAGAGAAGAAUGAGUAGGUGGAGCAAGGCUAUUCUAGAACUGUGAAAGUAUUUGCAUGAUUUUUCCACAAUGUCCCCUUCACAAACCUAUGGAACGUGCAGCCCUUCAACGAGGUAACUACAGACUUUAGCUAUAAGGACGUAUCAAUGCCCGUUGUAACACAUGUCCCAUACUAAGCAUAAGGGAAACUGCGGAUGGAAGGAGAGGGUCGGGUGGAAACUCUUGUUUUUCUGGAAAGCUAAAAUUGCUGUAAGAAAUAAAGUCUGUUAACCAGAAGGGCAAACUGUGGCAUGACACCAGUGAACAAGAGCUGGGUGUGUGUAUGCCAUGUUCACCUAGAAGAACGCCUGAAAUCUACCAUCAGGGUGUUUACAGGGGUCGUCUGUGUUUCGGAGUCCUGGGACCCUUGCCUCCUGGUCUUCUUUUUCCAUUUGCAAUAUACUCUGACAGUCUUCAGUGGCUACAGAGCAGAUUUGGCAACAACAACAAAGAACAAAGUAAAAGGUCUCUAAUUAUGUUUUCUUUUCGGUGCAGUACUAAACAGGGGUCAAAAAACUAUUUCCAGAACACAUCCUGAAGAAAGGGCUGAUGUUCUAGGUGGAGGUUAAAGCACUGCCUAAGUUUCGAAACAGAACGAAAGUUCUUGAAGGGCAGCUCUAGGAAUCGAGGAGUGGAUGGGUUGCAUAACUGCCAGGCUCCUCCCUUCAGGGGAAAUAAAACUGAAAGCCACCCAGCGCGAGGAAGUAAAGAUAUAAGAGCCUGUGGGACGCAGAUAUAAGAGCCUGUGGGACGCAGAUAUAAGAGCCUGUGGGACGCAGAUAUAAGAGCCUGUGGGACGCAGGAGCCAGGUCCGUAGUCGCUGGCUUUGCUGUGCCUCUCUGGUGACACAAUGGAGCUGACAGGCAUCCCGGCCAAAUCUCUGGACAAAUUCAUAGAAGACUAUCUCCUGCCAGACACACCUUUCCGCCAGCAUGUCAGGCAAGCCAUCCACAUCAUCAGCGGUUUCCUGAAGGAGAGAUGCUUCCGAAACUCCCAGCAAGGUGUGCGGGUGUCAAAAGUGGUGAAGGGUGGCUCCUCCGGCAAAGGCACAACCCUCAAAGGUCGAUCUGACGCUGACCUCGUCGUCUUCCUCAGUCCCCUCACAAGUUUUGAGAAGCAGCUUGAGUUCCGAGGAGAAUACAUAAAGGAGAUCAGGAGACAGCUGGAAGCCUGUCAAAGAGAGAAAUACUUUGAGUUUAGAGUGAAGUUUGACAUCCAGAAUUCGACUCACGAGCGGCCCCGUGCCCUCAGCUUCACCCUCAGGUCCCAGUUUUGGCCUCAGGAGGGCGUGGAGUUCGAUGUCUUGCCUGCCUUCGACGCUCUGGGUCAGUGGUCUGAAGGCUGCAGACCGGACCCUGCUAUCUAUGUGAAGCUCAUCCGAGAGUGCGAAAAUCUAAGGAGAGAGGGUGAGUUCUCCCCCUGCUUCACGGAGCUGCAGAAAGCCUUUCUGAAGCAGCGUCCCGCCAAGGUGAAGAGCCUCAUCCGCCUGGUGAAGCACUGGUACCAACAGUGCAAGGAGAAGCUUGGGAAGCAGCUGCCGCCUCAGUACGCCCUCGAACUCCUGACUGUCUACGCGUGGGAGCGUGGAGGCGAGAGAACAGAGUUCAUCACUGCUCAGGGAUUUCGGACCGUCUUGGAGUUAGUCCUCAAGUACCAACAGCUUUGCAUCUACUGGACGAAGUAUUAUGACUUUGAAAACUCUGUCAUUGACCAGUACCUGAAGAAGCAGCUCAAGAGAAACAGGCCCGUGAUUCUGGACCCAGCUGACCCAACAGGAAACGUGGCGGGUGACUGCUAUGGCUGGCAGCGGCUGGCAGAGGAGGCGAGCGCCUGGCUGAGCUACCCGUGCCUCAGGAACUGGGACGGCUCUGCCGUCCGCCCCUGGAACGUGCUGCCGGCGGUACACAACUGUUAGGCCUGGACAGCGGGUCGCCCGGCUGACAGCAGAUGCCAACUCCGGAGUUACGAACAGCACUCUGAAGUCUCCCCGCGCCUCAGCCCACACCGGGGUGCAUGCACUCCGUGGGGGCACACUCCCCAAGAAAAUGACACGUGGCGGCUUCUUAAAAGAAACUGCCGGAGCCCCCUGGACUGGCCCCCCACUUCCGGCAGGUGGGGGGCAUCUUUAUUCUGAAAGCACAGAGCAAACCCCUGGGGCCAGCGGUGAGUUGGUGUCAGACCCAGGGCCGGAAUCCAGGCAUGACCCCCCCCGCCGCCACCUCUCCUUUAAUAAGCCUCUCCCUGAACCCCGCAAGCGCCCCCACUCCCAUCUAACCUCUGAGCGACGAGGGAGAGAAAUGAGUGGGACUCCAAAUCCUGACUUUCUUCUGCAUACCUGGUGGGAAGGUUGUGGUGCAGCUUAUUAUCAAAAACAAUAAAAAUAACAACAAAUACAACUUGCGAAGUAUUUACGAAUUCAAAGCAGAUAGCCAGGGAGUAUCUCUGUUUAUAUUGUGCAGGUGUCUGUGUGCAUUCGCGGAGUGACAGGUACUUGUUGAACACUUAUUCUGUGCCCAGCAUUGCUCUGGGCCCUGGGAGCGCAGCAUGAACAAAGCAGACCAAAGUCCUUGCCUGGGUCAAGGACCAGAGGCACUCUGGAGGGGAGGCGGAGGGAGGCUGGCCGGGACGGGGUGGGAGAGCACAGGGGUCCCUGGCGGUGAUGCACAGGGGAAUCGAGGGUGGGAACUGCACGGGGAAAGCAUACAGGUACAAAGCGAAGAAUGAUGUAAUGAAUAUAUUAAAAAAUAAAAUUG